CCCCUUCUGGAAUAGAUAAUUUCUCUGAAUUAUGAAUCAUGUGAUGCUUCCUAACUCAAGUAACAAAGCUACUUCAACUAUACUACAAAAACAGCCUCCUAGGCUUCUUGAGAAAACUCAGAUGAUAAAAGGAUGGGCUGUUAGUUUCCUCUUUCUUAUCAGUAAACAGUGAAGGACCAUCAUGGCUGGGAGUCAGGGCUUGCUACUGUGGGGUGGCAUCUGCUUCAUUUAUUUCUUGAAGAUUCAAAUUUCAUCAGGUCAAGAUAUUGAUGAAUGUGGAGGGCGCAUACCAGUCAUGUGUGGUCCAAAUGCAAAGUGUGUUAACACUCAGGGAAGUUUCUACUGUACCUGUAUUGAUGGAUAUAUACUUCCUUCUGGGAAGAAGAUGUUCCAAAAUCCCAGUCUGAACGAUUGUGCAGAUAUUUCCUGGUGUUCUAAACUUGACAACGAUACAUUUUCAAGAAAUUGUCCCAAACAACCAGGUGCUACCAACUUUCUAGAUGGCCACAGAGAGAUUUGCACUAGUUUACAGAAUUUAUCCUCUGCAUGUCGAAAUGGCACGGCUCCACUUACUUUAAAGUAUAUUGCCAAUCAUUUUGACAAUUUUCCAGCUCAGGUGAAUAGAAGCAAAGAAGAAAUAGCUCAGGUAGUGACCUUCUAUCUUGAGAAUGUACAGAGAGUUGCAUAUGAGUUGGCUCUCAAUCUCCCUUCUGGACUUCAAUCCUCAGCAAAGACGAAAUCAAUGGCUAUUACAACAAUGACCAUUGAGGGUUACUGUGACAAAAACAACUUAACAUUCAAAUUGAAGGCUGGAAAUGAAGUGAUGAGUCUUAAUUGCACCCUAAUUGCUGAAAAAGACUCAAAAGGUGCAGUUGUUUUUAUUUCUUACAAUUCCAUUGGAUCCAUAGUAAAUGAGACAUUUAUCUCCAAGGAAAAUCUUACCAUCAAUGAAAAACUAGAAAAUAUUUAUCUGAACUCCAAGGUAGUGAGUGGGACAAUUGGAUAUAGGAAUAAUAGUUUCCUAUCCAUACCUGUCAUCUUCACUUUUCAACACAUUCAUAUGAAGAGUGUGAAAGAAAAGUCUCUUUGUGUUUACUGGGAUAACACAGUCUGGUCCAACAAAGGCUGUGAAACCAUCUCUUUCAAUGACAGUCACACUGUAUGCAGCUGCAGUCACUUCUCCAGCUUUGCAGUACUCAUGGCAUCCGUGGAAUUGAAAGAAGAUUUCAUGCUAACUAUCAUCACCUAUGUGGGGCUGGGCCUCUCCCUGCUGUGUCUCUUUCUGGCUGCCCUCACCUUCUUCCUGUGUCGAGCCAUCCGGGGCACUGGCACCAUGCUCCACCUCCAGCUCUCCUUGUGCCUCUUCCUGGCCAACCUCCUCUUCCUCACUGGAAUUGAACGAACAGAACCUAAGAUCGUGUGUUCCAUCAUUGCUGGGGGCUUGCACUACCUAUACCUGGCUGCCUUCACUUGGAUGUUCCUGGAAGGGCUGCACCUUUUCCUCACUGUCAGGAACCUCAGGGUUGCCAAUUAUACCAGUGCCCGCCUGUUCAAAAAGAGAUUCAUGUACCCUUUUGGCUAUGGAAUUCCAGCUGUGAUCGUGGCUGUGUCAGCAGGAAUUGUCCCCCAGGGAUAUGGGACAAAACACUCUUGCUGGCUGAACCUACACAGGGGAUUUGGCUGGAGUUUUAUGGGACCAGUGUUUAUCAUCAUCUUGAUCAAUUUAUCUUUUUAUUUUAUAACCUUAUGGAUUUUGAGAGACAGACUUUCAUCACUCAACAAAGAAGUGUCCACCAUCCAAAGCACCAGGACCCUGACAUUUAAAGCCCUAGCUCAGCUCUUCAUCCUGGGCUGCUCUUGGAGUCUUGGCUUCUUUCUGAUUGACUCUAUAGCUGAACCAAUCCAAUUAAUCAUUGCCUAUGCCUUCACCAUCAUCAAUUCUUUGCAAGGAGUCUACAUCUUCCUGGUACACUGUGUCCUCAAUCGCCAGGUUCAAGAAGAAUAUAAGAAAUGCUUUAAGAGAAGUAAGAAAAGGACUGAAACAGAUACCUAUGUGCUGUCUUCUUCAACCAGUCACACCAGAACACUGGAAAGAUAAUUGAAGUUUAAAAGGGAUAAAAGAUAUCAUUUCUGCCUGAAAGGAUCUCAUUGAUCACCCCAUCAACAGACUCCAGCUCUUGGGAAAGAAAAAACAGACUGGAUCUAUAUAUAAAUCACCCCAUUCAUUUUCCCCUUCUCCUUCCCUGUAGAAAUAAUUCUAAUUCCUCAUAUCCUCCUUUUCUGAUUUUAUAAGUUUUUACUUUCAAUAUUGAUAUUGCAAUAAUAUUGUCUGCUCUUUUAUCAUAAAUGUAGAGUGUUUCAGCUAUGUUAUGAUGUGAACAAGAUUCUGUGGGGUAGUCUGGGAAUGGGACCACCAGUGAUUAAACAGUUUUCACAUUUCUAGUUUCAAACAACCAAUUCAAGAAUAAAAUUUGAUAAUAUAA